UAUCGUAUCCCACCAUUUACAUUCGACUUCAAACUCUCUCUCUUUCUCUCUCUCUCUCAAUCCACUUUUUGAUUCUCAUUUCAUCUCCUUCUUCUUCAAAAGCAUUAUAUAACCAGCAAUUUAAUACCAGAAACAAACCAACCAAAAAAAAUCCCACAUCGAAAACCCACCAACAUUUCAAAUGCCACCCGCCACCGCGCUCUCCGCCGCUUCCUCCUCCUUCACUCUCUUCCCCCUCUCCUCGUCCAACACCACCGCCACAACCACUAAGCUCAAACCCACCAUUCGUUUCUCCCCAAAAUUCCCCACUUUCACCAUGCAGAAUCCCUCCUCAGCCGCAGCCGCAGUGCGCGCCGGCGUUCCGAUCGAGAAAGAAGUCCCGGAAACAGAGCGGCCCUACACGUUCCUCCGGGAGGCAGACGAUCAGGAACCCUCGUCCACCUCUUCUGUGAGGGCCCGCUUUGAGAAAAUGAUUAGGGAUGCUCAAGAUAGUGUGUGUAAGGCCAUUGAGGCGGCGGAUGGUGGAGCCAAGUUCAAGGAGGAUGUUUGGUCCAGGCCUGGUGGUGGUGGUGGCAUCAGUAGAGUGCUCCAAGACGGUGCCGUUUUUGAAAAGGCUGGGGUUAAUGUAUCUGUUGUGUAUGGUGUUAUGCCCCCUGAAGCUUAUAGAGCUGCCAAGGCUGCUGCUUCCACUGAUCAGAAGCCGGGUCCGGUACCCUUUUUUGCAGCCGGUGUUAGCUCGGUUUUACAUCCGAAGAACCCUUUUGCACCAACUUUGCAUUUUAAUUAUCGGUAUUUUGAGACAGAUGCUCCAAAAGAUACUCCUGGAGCUCCACGGCAAUGGUGGUUUGGUGGUGGAACAGAUUUGACUCCUGCAUAUAUCUUUGAGGAGGAUGUUAAGCAUUUCCAUUCAAUUCAAAAAGGUGCCUGUGACAAAUUUGAUCACUCAUUUUAUCCUCGAUUCAAGAAAUGGUGUGAUGACUAUUUCUAUAUCAAGCACCGAGGUGAGAGGCGAGGGCUGGGAGGAAUAUUUUUUGAUGAUCUAAAUGAUUACGAUCAGGAGAUGCUUCUUUCCUUUGCUACUGAAUGUGCGAAUUCUGUGGUUCCUGCUUACAUACCCAUUAUAGAGAAACGAAAGAACACGCCAUUUACAGAACAGAACAAGGCAUGGCAACAACUGCGCCGGGGACGUUAUGUGGAAUUUAACUUGGUUUACGAUCGGGGUACAACAUUUGGGUUGAAGACUGGAGGUCGAAUUGAAAGUAUUCUUGUUUCCCUCCCACUGACAGCCCGGUGGGAAUAUGACCAUCAACCAGAUGAGGGAAGUGAAGAAUGGAAAUUGUUAGAUGCUUGCAUCAACCCAAAGGAAUGGAUUUAGUAUAUUUUUUCCCUUU